ACAAAGAUGUACGCAAAGCCAGUAUUCCAUUUACUUGUGCUGUCGUUAAUAAUAAAAGAGAUUAUUUCUCGGGUGGAGUUUACUAAUUUGAAGUGUAAGACCAUGCAUAAGGACAUUUUGGAAUUUGAAUAUUGCACUUUAAAGUCGAUUAACCGUACCUACAAAUACGUCUCUGGAAAAGUUAAUCUGUAUAAAAUUCCAAUUACAAAAGCCAAGGUUAAUUUUGGACUAUACAAACGGUUAAAUGGAUAUAAGCCCUUUCUAUACAAUAAAACGGUAGAUGCAUGUUAUUUUUUCAAACAUCAAAAGUCCAACCCUGUCGCCAAGUACUUCUACGAUUUUGUUAAGGGAGUCUCGAACUUAAACCAUUCCUGUCCAUAUGAUCAUGAUAUUAUAGUUGACAAACUUUCCACGGAGUCCAUGAAUUACCACCUCACGAAAACACUUUCCUACCCGGAAGGCGACUACCUGUUGGAGUCUCAUUGGAUUCUUAAUGAGAUUCCUUCUGCAGUAGUCCAAUUAUACUUGUCUCUUUUCUGA